UUUGUGUUGUUACUGAAGCUUAAAUAUUGUUAAACACAAAAUGAAACUCAAAAUGCAUUACAUUAUGCUUCAUUUAUUUCUCUCACUUCUAAUUCAUACGCAAAUCGAAGCCGUUGGUUCACUUAACCAGGAUUCCCUUCAAUCUGUUGAUCUAAAACGCCACCAAUUAAUCGCAGAAACGACAUCAUUUCCGGCAGAUUUUAAUCGAAGGCAACUUGCUGGAGGAGGCGGUGGCGGCCGUGGAGGAGGUGGAGGCUCUCGUAGCAGUUCUUCAGGUGGCAGAAAUAGUGGUGGGGGAAGUCGCGGAGGUGGCUCCGUCGGUGUCACUAGACCAUCUAUGACUAAUACUCAAGGUGGAAGGGUUCCAAGCAGUGGUGCUCGCCUUCAUUAUUCUGUAGCGAUCUUCUUCUUCUUGACCUGUUUGGUUAUCAUGUAUUAGACUCCAAAUGUUUUAAUUAUGUUUAUCAAAAAUUAUGUUUUUGUAUUUUAUUUUAUAUAUUUUAUUUUAUAAUUUAGUUAUAAUAUAUUUUUAUUAACAAUCUUUGUAAAAUCUAGAGAUAAACAUAUUUUAUUUUAAUUAUUAUUAAUUUA